AUGGAUAAAAAAACGGAAUAUGCAAAAGAGCAAGAAGUGAAACAUCGUCGUAGGAUCAUCCUACCUUGUGUUAUUCCAUGGGAAUAUGGUACUAACAAAUAUGCCAGUCAGAAAGGUACCGGUGGUUUUGGUACCAUCCGAAAUGCCACAACAACAAUUAAAUGUAGUAAACAAUUAAGCGAAAGUAAUGAUGGUGUAGUACCAUGGAUGAAUUGUCCUCAGUUACGAGAUAAGGAACUUGCAUCGCAGGCAGGUCUUACACCAUUUGGUGGAAUUCGAGAACAUGUUAUCAAGGUACAGGAUAAGGAAGGUGAGAAAAAAAAAGAUAUCAAUAAAAUUGUUUGUGAUCAGACUAGCGAAAGUAUAUUGAAAAUUUGGUCACAAGCAAAUCCUGAUGCUAAAAAUGGUCAACUAUUUGGAAAGCAUCGAGAUGCUGUAAUGGAAGUGAAAGGUGGUCGAGAAUUUAAUCAAAAAGAAUUAAAUGCCAGUCGAGCAGCUAUACCAAAAUUUCAGGAUCCACGUGAAACGUUAGCAGCUAAAGCAAAGAAAGCUAAUAAUAUAACACUGCAAUCACAGCCAUAUCAGGAUGACAUUCAAAUGUCACAUAAUAUAAUCACAAAAUCUAAACCAUAUUUUGAUCGAGUGAUGAGUGAAAGAAAAUAUGGAAUUGAGAAAAUAAUGGAAGCAAAAGUACAAUGUCAUCAAAAGCGAAAAGGAAAUGGAAUGAUGGGCAAGAAAUUUAAACUUGGUGAAAGAGAGAGAAGACUUAACGAAGUACAAAUGGAAGAUGAAAAGUGA